UACGGCUUCCCGCGACGUGCAUGCAGAACUCAUCUUUCGGAGCAACGACGAUGUGUAAAUUGAGAGCGACGACUGCAAAAAAUAUAAUACUAGAAUAGACCAUCUCGCGUUGGUACAUACUAUAAGCCGCGCGUAUAUAUAGGUGUACGUGCAGUGUGUAUAUGUACCCACAUACAUAAGUGCACGACACAAUGAGCGACUCCCUCUCGCAAAAAGGAUUUCUACACGUUAACAAGUAGUAUAGCUAUAUAUAUUGAAUGCCUAUCCAUCAGCUGCAGCCGAUAUAGUAGUGUAGUUUUGUACUACGAGGUCGUAUCGCAACGACGAACGGGCCAGCAGGCAGUACCUUGACCCUAACCAACCUGUCGUGGCCCGCGAGGGUGUAAUUGCACUGCUUUUGGCAUCGUCGUCCAUGUAGCGAGAUCCUGCGAACAAAAAAAAUCAUACCGUUGGUCGCGCACUGGCCGCGUUGACAUUGGCCAAGCACUGAGCAGUGAGCACAGGUAAGCCUGUAAUUCGUGAAUAUGUCUACGUCGGACAGCGCGGAUGACUUCGACAGUGCUGAUGACAAGCUAGCUGGUGCCAAGAAGAAGCUGGGAUCACGCUCCUCUAAACCCCUGAACAGAAGUAUUGGCUCUGACAGCGAUGAUGAUUGCGGAUACAGAGCUCCAGAUAAUAUGGCUUAUCAAACUCCUACAAGCAAACAUUACAAAAUAAGAGAUAGCCCCAGUCAGUUGAGUAAAACUGGUGGCAUGCCGCCUGGUAAAACUAAGAUGGAGACAGAUGCUGACAAUAAUAAGGCUGUUGAGAAAGACACUCGCAAUGCUAACAAUAAAGUGGAUCAGUUGAGCAAAGAUUUUAAGCGAAAGACAAAGUUAAGGAACCCAAGUGAAUCAAGUGAUGAUAUGCCACAAGAUGGCAAAUCUACUGUUGUUAAAUCUGCAGAAAAAAAUUCAGGAGCUAUCUCAAGAUCAAAAAGGACACAGGAGCAGCGAAAGUUAAAAGAGUCAUCGUCAUUGGGUGCUAAGAAGUUGGGAGCUAAAAAGAUAGAUAAACUACCAGAAGUUAACAAUAAAACUCCAAGUAAGGUUAUAAAUAAACAAAUUUCCAAUGAAGGAAAUACAGUAAUGAGUUUACAGCAAGAACUGGAUCAAUGUGUCGAGGAUAAGAGCGGACAAGAAAAAGUAGGUUCUGGAAGGAGUGACUCUGAAGAACCUGCAGAAUUGAUGUCCAAUUUGAAAUUCAAAGAUCUAUUUAAACCAGAUGGUUGGGAAAAUAUGAAGGAUAAUGUGGAGGAUUUGGACAAAUUGGCAGAAGACAAGUUUAAGCCUGUAUUAAAUAAACUAGCCAGCAGUGUAGAAGAAGAAAAUUCCAAUUCUUCAUGGGGUGGAUGGGGUGGUUGGGGUGUUAGUUCUUUAAUAAAUACUGCCACAGCUAGUGUAUCUUCACUAACUACUCAUGUCAGUCAAGGUUUAAGUAUAUUAGAAGAAACUAUUGGAGUUCCAGAUCCUGUAAAAUUAGCUGAGACUGAAACUUAUGCAGAUGAUGAGACAAAAUCUGUAGAUGCUAUAGAAGAAGAUGCAGUAGAUAAGGAGUCAUCAGAACUGCCUUCAGAAGAAACAAAAGAUAACCCAAUACAGUAUUUACCUACUUCAUUUGGUUUUGGUAAUUUUAUGUCUGGUGUAUCAACCCUUACAAAAUUAGUAGAAUCUACUAGUAACAAGGUCAUAGCAGGUGGACUCGAUACACUUGAAGUGAUUGGUAAAAAAACAAUGGAAGUACUUCAAGAAGGUGACCCAGGUCUCAAGAAAAAGAGAGCACUUUUGAGUGAUCCAAAUAAACCAAAUUUAUCAAAAAUUUUAAGAGAAGCUAAAGAGAAAGCUGACGUAGAAGAAAAAAUGCUGGAAGAAAAAAAUAUGGCCAAGAGAGUUCGCUUUGAAAGUCUUUUUGAUGAUUAUCAGGGUCUUGUUCAUUUGGAAGCUUUAGAAAUACUAUCUAAAGAAUGUAAAAUGAAAAUUCAAACACAUUUGGAUAAUCUGGACAUAGAUGAUUUGGCUUAUUUACAAGGAGUACUAGAAGAGGUUGAAACAUUAUGUGAUAUUGAAAAUGAUAAUUAUGAUGAUGAUGAUGAUGAAAAUAAAAACAAAAGUCUUGAACAAAAAUUGGAAGAAUCAUGUAAAGAUUUAGGAAUUGAGAUUAACUUUUCUAAACUUGUUGACGUAUGGAAUGAUAUGAAUUCUGAAUUAGAAGAUGAAAAAUUAACGAACAGAGAAGUUUUUGCUAAGGCCAUAGCUGGAUUGGCACGAUUUACAGCCUAUUCUGUCGAAAGAUUCCACAAAACUGCAGAACUGCUUCUCAUUAAGAAACGACGUAGUACCGUUAAUGAGAGUGAUUCUCUCAUUCAAAUAACAAAAAUUCUGUCCUCACAAAUGGUGUCCAUAUCUAAUUUAUACAGCAGUAAAAUUGAUAAAAACAAAGUUGAAACUCCGAAAUUCGACAUUCAUGUUGGUCUCACUACCAUAACUAAAGAAGCUAAUAAUGCUUAUUCAUAUAUUCAAGAAGCUUUCAUGUUAUUAAUUCCAAUUGUGCAAGUUGGAGUGUUGUAAUUUAAAUCAACUUUAUGAGUAGUUGUAGAUUUCAUUAUAGAUUUCAGAUUUCUAUCAUCAGUUUAAUAUUAUACAUUUAUAACGUUUGAAUAUACUUGUAUUGCAACUAUACGAGCUCGUUAAGAAUAGAUAUAUGUAUUAUAUGCAGAUAAGAUGUAAUAGAUUCAAGAAAUAAUUGUUUAAAACUCUGUUUUAGAAGCAUUUCAUAAUUUUGUAUAUUAAAUUUACGAUGUAAUGUAGAUAUUGAUAAUCACAACGUUUACAAGUGUAAAGAGUAUUAAUAAUUACGAUAAAAAUAAAUUAAUUUAUUUACGAUCA